UUGAUUAAUUUGUAUGAGGAUUUUCUCAACAUCAUGGUGCGACAUUUCACUACCUUCCUCCCCAACAUCCUAUAUAACGAAAUCUUCAACUCUCCAUGAAGUCCAGCCGCGAAAACUCAGGCGUACACAUACACAGGCGCACAGCAUCCAAGGGAGCCGGCGAUCGAGAUUCGAGAAGCCAGCAUGGGCAGUGCUGAGGAGGAGGAUCUACCGGCAACGGACAUGCCGCGGGUGGUGGGCGUCCUCUCCGCGCUCCUGGAGCGCGUAACGGAGCGCAACGACGCGGCGACGGGGCCGGGAGCGCUGGAACCGGCGUCAGGGUCGGCGUUCCGGGCGAUGACGAAGCCCGGCAUCUCCGUGCGCGCGUACAUGGCGCGCAUCGCGCGGUUCGCGGGCUGCAGCCCCGCGUGCUUCGUCGUGGGUUACAUCUACCUCGACCGCCUCCUGCGCCGCCGCCGCGCCCUCGCCGUGGACUCCUACAGCGUGCACCGCCUCCUCAUCACCACCGUGCUCUCCGCCGUCAAGUUCAUGGAUGACAUAUGCUACAACAACGCCUACUUCGCCAAGGUGGGUGGGAUCAGCCUGCCGGAGAUGAACUACCUCGAGGUGGACUUCCUCUUCGGCGUCGGCUUCGACCUGAACGUGUCUCCGGAGACGUUCGGCCACUACUGCGCCAUCCUCCAGUCGGAGAUGCUUUGCCUGGAGCUGGAGCCGGAGUCCCUUCUUCCGCCUACCGCCGUCGCCGCCGCUCCAGGCAGCAGGAUGCACUGCUGCCUCUCUGAAGACGAUGGCACUAGCGCCACCACCAGCAGUAGCAACAGUACUCAGCAGCAGCAGCUGGCUGCGUAGGUGGCUAGAGGCGUACAUAUACAGUACACUGUGUGGGUGCGUACAUGUACAGGGUCAUGUUGCUCGGCCGAGCAGAGUACGCGGAGCUUCCUCGGUGUGAUGUGCUGCUGUUUGGUUCCUGAGGUAUGUAUAGCUUGUUUAGGUGACAGAGGUGGACACUGCAAAAGUGCAGGCAGACUGAGGGGAGUUGAAUACAAGGUGUGUGAUGUGCUAUAGUCCGCAGGUGACAUGUAUAUUGUUGGAAUGUUGGAUCAUUUUCUUCCCUUUGCUA